GCCCUUAGCCGGGCCACCGGAUCAACUCGAAAUACGCUCUCUGGGAGGGAGGCGUGAUUGCUUCAAGGCAGCAUUUUCGUCUUCCUGAAGGUCCGAGAUAUUCCUGAAGAAAAUGAAGCAUCGGAUCCCUGAUCGAUCACUGAUCGCGACACUCCUGAUCUUCCAGGGGCUGUGGACAAGCGCGACUAAAGUAAACGUGCCGCGGCUGCGCCUGACCUAUAAAGAUCUUCAGGCUACAAACCGAUCCUCGAUUUUUACGGGACAGCGAGGUAUCCUCAACUUGAGUUCCAUGUUUCUCGAUGAGUACCACGACCGUCUCUUUUUAGGUGGUAAAGACGUUCUGUAUUCUCUGCGCCUGGACCACAACAACCUUGAUGCCAGAGAGAUUUCUUGGCCCCCGCUGCCUGGAAAUAAAGAAGACUGUGUUCUCAAGGGCAAGGAUCCCCUGAGCGACUGUGCAAACUAUGUGCGUCUCCUUCACCCAUACAACCGUACCCACUUGCUGGCCUGUGGCACAGGAGCCUUCCAGCCCUUGUGUGCAUUUAUCUCUGUGGGGCACAGAGGAGAGCAUACAUUCUCAAUGGAUCUUGCAAGUGUGGAGAAUGGCCGUGGCAAGUGUCCCCAUGACCCCAGCAGACCCUUCACUAGCACCUUCACUGGAGGAGAGCUUUACACAGGCCUCACUGCAGACUUCCUGGGACGGGACCCCGUGAUCUUCCGCAGUCUGGGCAGCCGCUCUGCCAUGAGGACGGAGACAGACCAGCGUGUGCUGCAUGAUCCCAAGUUUGUGGCAGUCCAUCUGAUCCCGGACAAUGAUGACCGUGACAACGACAAGGUCUAUUUCUUCUUCACGGAGAAAGCCAUGGAGGCUGGCAAGGAGUCUGGUGCCAUCUACAGCCGGGUGGGCCGAGUCUGUGCGAAUGAUGCAGGAGGCCAGAGAGUGCUGGUGAACAAGUGGAGCACAUUCAUCAAGGCCCGACUGGUGUGCUCAGUCCCAGGGCCUCAUGGGAUAGAUACUCACUUUGAUGAGCUGGAGGAUGUCUUUCUGUUGAGGACCAAGGAUGAGAAAAACCCAGAGGUCUAUGCACUUUUUAGCACCAUAAGCAAUGUAUUCAAAGGCUUCGCUGUCUGUGUGUACCGCAUGGCUGACAUACGUGAGGCUUUCAAUGGCCCUUUCUCACAUAAAGAGGGUCCCAAUCACCAAUGGAGCCCCUUUGAGGGCAGGGUUCCUUACCCACGGCCUGGUGUGUGUCCCAGCAAGAUCACCAACCAGCCAGGUCGACAAUUUGGAAGCACCAAGGACUACCCAGAUGCUGUCUUGCACUUUGCCCGAAGUCACCCUCUCAUGCACCAGCCUGUGUACCCUGCACUGGGGCGGCCCAUCCUUGUCAAGACCAAUGUGGAGUACCAGCUGCGUCAGAUGGUAGUGGAUCGAGUGGAAGCAGAGGAUGGCCAGUAUGAUGUCAUGUUUAUUGGCACAGACGUGGGCUCAGUGCUGAAAAUGAUCACCUUGCACCGUGACAACUCUGACCAGCUGGAGGAGGUCACCCUAGAGGAGAUGCAGGUCUUCAAGGACCCAAUGCCCAUCACCUCCAUGGAGAUCUCGGUCAAGAGGCAAACUCUGUAUGUUGGUUCCUCGGUUGGUGUGGCCCAGGUGAGGCUGCACCGGUGCGAGACCUAUGGAAAGGCCUGUGCUGAGUGCUGCCUGGCAAGGGACCCUUAUUGUGCCUGGGAUGGGGUCUCCUGUACGCGCUACCAGCCCUACAACAAGAGACGGUUCCGUCGGCAGGAUAUACGUUCUGGGAACCCCGUACAUCAGUGCCUGGAUCAGAACCAAAGUGUUGAAGACCUGGACACCCUUGAGGAGAAGACCGUGUUUGGAACAGAAAACAACAGCACCUUCCUGGAGUGUGUGCCCAAGUCGCCACAGGCGAGCAUCAGCUGGUUCAUACAGAAGGAUGACCUCAAGGAGGAGGUGAAGACCGAUGACCGGGUGAUCUCCACUGAGCGCGGCUUGCUCUUCAGGAAACUCUUCCGCCAGGAUGAGGGCAGCUAUGUGUGCCAGUCCCGAGAACAUGGCUUCACUCAGACGCUACAGCGGAUCUCUCUGGAGGUGCUACGUGGAGAAAACCUGGGGGAGUUACUCGGGAAGGAGAACAUCCCCGAAGAGGAGAUAGGGGCAGGGUAUCGUCCACCUCCUUGCCACACUGCCCGAGGAGGCCCCACUCGGUCAUGGUUCAAGGACAUCAUGCAGUUGAUUGGCCCUUCCAACUUGCCUCGGGUGGAGGAGUACUGCGAGCGCGUCUGGUGCAACGAAAAGCAACGGCGCAAACACAAGGCCAUGCAGAACAAGUACAAGCUGGCACAGGAGAGUGUGCGCAAAGUACGUGCCAAAAGCUUGAUUGAGAGAAACCGCACGCCCCGCUCCACCAGGGACACGUAGGCUCCGGAGGCCAGCCUCCUGUGAGAGGCACUGCCCGGCGCAGGACACUUGGGACGCUUUCCUCUAAUUGACAGACAAGACUUCCACGAGUACUCACUCUCGCUCACCCCAGACUCCAGCAUGGCUUUCGCUGUACAAAAGAACGGGGUGGGGAUGUGGGGCAGUUGGUGUUCUGGAAGCAAAGCCAACAUGAAAGACAACCCAGGCAUGCACUGCACUUCACACAUUCAAUGGAAGAAUGAGACAACAGAGCACAAGCUCAGCUUCGCCUUCAGCCCACAGAACAGUCAGGUCAUAGCAGAUGUUCACUCUACAGUGAUGAUGACACCUCAGUGCCAUCAUGGUGUGAUUAGGGGCUUUGCAGGUGCAAUUUACAGUGGACUCUUCUGUGAAAUACGCUCUUUUUAAUUAUGAUGGCCUUGUCACAUAACUGCACUCCAUAAUAGGCUGGUGUUGGGGGCUUGGAGUAUAAAACUUAAAAAUACUUGCAGUGGGGCAUAGAGAUGUGGCUGUAAUUGUUUCUAGUCAACAUCAUUAUCAGGAAAGGAGGACACUAAUUUAAACCAAUGGCUGAGGAGAAUGCUAAUUAUUAACCCUGAUAAAUUUUAGGGGAGAGUAACUCCUUAAACAGCAAAUAUGUAAGGGGGGCUCAUGUUUAUCCGGAUUAGUUGCUCACAGGCAUGGGGGAUUUUCAUCUUCAUUAAAAGCCUGGUGGGGAAGGGUCAAAAUUUGGAUUGUACCCUUGGUCAGCUUAUGUGGGAGGCAUUUAUGUCCACUCCACCUGGUGGAGUCUCUCAGCUGUUUCUGAAAAGUUCUGGGUGAACAGGAGUAUCCAUGUAUUCCAUGGUGACUGCUGGCUGUCUGACCCAAUGUGCCUGACCACGUCUAAGGCAAA